CAUGGCUGGGAAUUGAAAAAUAAGCGUGGUGAUGUUAUCUUUUUUUUUUUUUUUUUUCGAGGUAUGCACAGCUAGCCGUGGCAAUCAGCGAGGAUUUCCUUCCAUGAGCACUCCGCUAAUAUAGUAGAGGAAAUCCGCUUGUGUUCCUGUUUUGGUGUGCUUUAACUGAAAAGAAACUCUCUGGCUUCUUAAAUGGAGUGCUUGAAAGGGAUAACAGUUGGAGGACUUCGAUGCUUUCAGAAACUUCUGGCAAAAUUGUGAAAACACAGGAAAUUUAAUAUUGUGUUUUGGAAAUUACGCCGCUGUGAGAAGCUUUUUUUGCCCUUGAAGAUCUAACUGCUGUGUUUAUUUGUUUAUCUUGAAGACUUCAUCAUUCCAGCGAAUGGCUUUGAUAUGAUUAGAUACCGAGGAGGAAGCGGACAAAUUUCAGGAAUGCACUUCUUAGUGGCCAUCUGUUUAACGCUGUCGGCAGCGGCACAGAAGAGCACGACCCUUGACAAUCACUGCGAUUUGCAGACCGUCCUUCAUCUCAGCACCCCGUGCACCUCCUGUGCGGCCUCUUCAAAAGUGCUUUGUCCGCGAGGAUUUAAGAAGACGACACAGGACAUCGGCCUCAGGGACUGCAGUUUCUCUGUUAACAUGGGAGACAAGACCUUAGUGCUAUCAGGAUGCAGACAUAACUGUGACAAGAACAUCACUGAAAACAACUGCUGCCCAGGAUUCUGGGGAUCUGACUGUAUUUCGUGUCCCACUUGGUCAGAAAGAAUCUGCAAUUGGCAUGGCAGGUGCUUGGAUGGCGAAACUGGCAACGGGACUUGUGUUUGUGAGGAUGCUUUUACCGGGUUUGCCUGUCAAGACUGCAAAAAUCAAAAUACAUAUGGAGAGGACUGCAGUUCAGAGUGUGACUGUGUUCAUGGAGUCUGCAGCAAUGGAGUACAUGGUAAUGGGACGUGUAUUUGUGAAGUUGGCUAUACGGGUGCACGCUGUGACCAAGAAUCCCCACUUUGUCUUGCUGCUAACUGUGGAGACAAUUCAGUCUGCAAUGACAACAAAGGUGUUGCUUCUUGUGGCUGCAUACCGGGCUUCAGAAGAGCUGGGAGAAACUGCACCUAUAUAAAUCGUUGUUUUCAAAAAGUCUGUGAUCACAAUGCUCAGUGCAAAACCAUUGGAACAAAGUAUGAAUGCACGUGUAAAGACGGCUACCAGGGAGAUGGCAAGGUCUGCAUUCCAGUGGACCGCUGCUUAGUGGACAAUGGAGGCUGCCCGGCCAACACAACAAACUGUGUUUAUAAAGGCCCUGGAAAGGUCAUGUGUGUUUGUAAACCAGGAAUGGAAUCCCGGAAUCCCACACUUGGUUGCAAAUUAAAAGCUUGUUCAGCAGGAUGUGAUAAAUCCUCUACGUGUGAAAUCGGUUUGGGUGGUACAGAAACGUGCACAUGCAAGUCUAAUCAGAUUGGGGACGGCAAGAGCUGUUUUGGGAACAUCAUGGAAAGUAUUCUGGAGCUUAACAAACAGUCGAGAUAUAAAGGAAAACUGAGCAAUGCAAUCCAGCUGUUUGAAAAGAGCUGUUUGUUUACUCUCAGCAGGCUGGGGCCGUUUACAGUCUUUGUGCCAGCCUUGAAUCCCGCCAUACCAGUAAAACUACAAAAUGCUGCUUGCAACCUUCACGUAAUUAUUGGCCAGUUGCUCUUCAGAGACUUGCGAGACAAAGACUUUUGGACUCUUGCAGGAGAGCCUGUUAGUUUCAAAGAUGAUAAGAGCUUUCAUUUCCACAAAGAUCCCAGUACAAUCUACAGAAUAACUCAGAGUGACCUCCCAGCAGCCAAUGGAAUCAUCCAUAUCAUUAAUCAGCUGGUUACUAACAUUGAGCCAGAUGGAACAAAAGACGCGCAGAAAAAGAAGACCAUUCGUGAGAUCAUUGUAGAAAACCCUCUUUUCAGUAGAUUUGAAACACUUCUUGAACACUGUGAAAACCUACCACCUCUCAACAUGCCUGGCACUUUCACGGUAUUUGUACCAACCAAUGAGGCUGUGGAUCAGUACAGGGAUGGCACUAUAAUUUACCUGCUGACCCAGGCAAAUGCAAAACUUGAAGAGCUUGUGAGGCAUCAUGUGUACAGUUCUGCCAUGGUCACCGUUGACAGGCUCUCUUCCAUGUCUCAGCUGUCUACUAUGGCAAACCAAAUCAUUACCAUCAAUGUGAGCAGUGAUGGAAGAAUUAAAUUAGACGGUAAAUCAACUAUUUCUAAUCACCUGGAUAUUAUUGCCUCUAAUGGAGUCAUCCAUGUGGUAGAUGCAGUUUUGAUCCCUUCCUCCAUUGUCCCAAUCCUCCCUCACAGAUGUGACGUAGUAAAAAGCAAGAUUGUGAUGGGACCUUGUGUUGAGUGCCAUUUGAUUUCUACCACAAGUUGUCCUCCUGGAAGCACAGAUCUGGAAAAAAUCCACACAGGCUGUGAGUACGCUCCUUCUGUCGUACACUCAAACACCAUGACUGGAAAAUGUGCCAAGUACUGUAACAAAACUGUAACGAGAUCAGAAUGCUGUAAAGGCUUCUAUGGUCCUAACUGUAAAGCCUGCUUGGGUGGCUUCCAGAACCCCUGCUACGGUCGUGGAAAUUGCAGUGAUGGAAUCGAAGGUGAUGGAACCUGCCACUGUGCUCCAGGCUUCAAGGGGAUAGCUUGCCACAUCUGUAUCAAUCCAAACAGACAUGGUGAAAACUGUGAAGAAGAUUGUCAUUGUCUGCAUGGUGUCUGUGACAACAGGCCAGGAAGCAGAGGAGUCUGCCGUAAAGGCAGCUGUGCGGAUGGCUAUACGGGAGACUUCUGUGACCGGAGUGUAAUGUCCUGUGGUCCAUCCGGCUUGUCACAGUACUGCCAUGUGGAUGCUGUCUGUGAUUAUGAUGGCAGCAGCACAAGAUGCAUUUGCAAGAAUGGAUACAAAGGAGAUGGAUUUUCCUGUCGGCCUAUUGAUCUUUGCCAAGAACCUGACAGAGGAGGCUGUUCUCUCAAUGCUAUAUGCACAUACCUAGCACCAGGUAAUGCUUCAUGCACCUGCAAUGAAGGCUGGACAGGAGAUGGACAGAUGUGCGUGGAGAUCAACAAUUGCUUUCUUCCAGACAAAGGUGGCUGCGAUGUCAAUGCUGACUGCAUCUUUGUUGGCCCAGCACAGAGUAAGUGCAUCUGUAAGGAGGGCUACCAGGGUGAUGGAAUUAGCUGUGAUCCAGACAAUCCUUGUCUAGAAAACAAUGGAGGAUGCCACUCCUUGGCCAGCUGUAAGUUUUCUGGAGCCGGACAGCGACAGUGCAUUUGCCCCAAAUUCUAUGGAGGUGAUGGAUCCAUUUGCUAUGGCAAUGUUUACACUGUGCUGAGAGACAACUCUGACUUCAGCAGCUUCUUUCAAUGGAUCAAGAACUCCUCAUUUGCUGUACCAAAAGACAACUUAACAGUUCUUGUGCCCUCUGAAGACGCCAUUAGAAAUUUAGAUCAGAAGGAUUUAGAACAAUGGAGAGACCCCUACCUACUACCAUACUUAGUCAGAGUACAUUUUCUAGAGGGGAUGUUUUCUAUUGAUGAUCUUAAGCAAGAAGAUUUACAUUUGCCAACCCUGAACCACCCGACAGAAUGGGAAAUAAAGGUUGUAAAUGAGACGGUUAUGAUACAGAACGCAAAUAUCCUCAUCUCCGAUAUACCAGCAGUUAAUGGAUAUAUUCACAUCAUUGACAAGGUUUUGAUUCCACCCCUGGCAGAUGUCCCAGCACCUCCUCCAAGUCUGAUGCAAGUCUUGAAUCAAACUUCUGAUUUCAGCAUAUUCAGGGACACUUUAAUGAGCUACAACCUGACGGCUGAAAUUGAAGCUCUUGAAGCAUACACUCUUCUUGUUCCACUCAACAAAGCAAUAGAAGAUCAUCUAAAUGAAACACAAUCGGAGAAAAUGAAGGAAGACGUUGUGCGCUAUCAUAUAAUCAAGGGGGUAACACUGCUGCCCCAAAACCUGAGGAAUGGAGUCCACCCUAGCACUCUGUUGGGACAGUCGUUUGAAGUAAUGUUUCACAUAAUUCAGAAUGAGACUUUCGUUAAUGAAGUUCCACUGGAGAAGAUAUUUAACUUGACAAAAAAAGGAAUAGUAAUGGCUGUUCCUCAAAUUUUAGAAGUUCAUGAAAAUCGAUGUGACCGGCAAAUAAUGAUUCGGAAGCAGGGAGAUUGUGGACGUUGUAACAACAAUCCUAGAUGCCCCAAAGAUGCUAUCCCACUACCUUUACAAAAUGAUGUGAAAGAGUGUUCCUACCGGAAGAAACUGAAAAAAGUAUAUAGACGCUUUAAAGGCUGCAUGUACACCUGCCUGCUCCCUACCCAGGAUCAGAAUUGCUGCAACGGCUAUUUUGGAGCCCAUUGCUUCAAAUGCCCCGGAAAGCCUGGAAAUUGGUGCUCAGGCAACGGUGAAUGCCAAGAUGGCAUUUUUGGAAGUGGGGAGUGCUUGUGCAAAGAAGGCUUCCAGGGCACAGCCUGUGAAAUGUGUGAACCUGGACGAUUCGGACAGGACUGCAAAUCAAACUGCAGCUGUGUCCAGGGCAAAUGCUUGGAUGGAAUGAGUGGAAAUGGGACCUGCUUAUGUUACAAGGGAUGGAAAGGAAAGAACUGCUCUAUAGAAAUUGUGGCUGAUGCAUGUAAUGGUACCUGUGAUCCAAAUGCCAAUUGCAUCGCUGGAGUGUCUGGCACAGUUGCUUUAUGUUUAUGUUCGGCUGGAUUUCAGGGAAAUGGAACCUUUUGCUCAGAAAUCAACCCCUGUGACACAAGUAAUGGUUACUGCUCAGAACAUGCCAACUGUACGAAGAUUGCUCCAGGAGAGAGAAAGUGUGUCUGCAAGGAAGGCUACUAUGGAGAUGGGGUACUUUGUCUUGUAAAGGAAUCAAACUGUCGGGAAGAUGGAGGAUGUCAUAGAAAUGCAAUUUGUGUAUCACAUGCUAAUGGAACGGGCUCUUGUGUUUGUAAGUUGGGUUUCAAAGGUGACGGAUACACCUGCACUGGAGUAUGCGAAAUAAACAAUGGAGGCUGUCAUCCCCAGGCAUCUUGUUAUUCCUUAUAUAAUGGCAUUCCAAGGUGCUUUUGCAGACAUCCUUUUACUGGGGACGGAUACCAGUGCAACGGCAGUGUUAAAGCUUACAUUUCUUCAAUGAAUGAAGCAAGUAUAUUUUACUGGAAAUUAAUGGAUUACAAAAUCAAACUUGAGAAUGGACCUUUCACUGUCUUUGUUCCCCACAAAGGUUACAUUGCCAACCAUUCAAUCACACAAUGGGUAUACGUAAGAGCUAUACAAAACAGAACGCGGAUAAAAAACAUCCUCCGAUACCACAUUGUGAGCUGUCAGCAGCUUCUCCUUGAUGAUCUUCAACUCCAGAACAGUCUAACUACAACUGCGGGAAGCAGCAUUGAGAUAAGCGUCAAAGAGGGCACAAUUUACUUAAACAACAAAACCAAAAUUGUCAAGAGUGAUAUUGUCACCACUGAUGGAAUUAUUCAUUUUAUCGAUGAUGUUUUAAUCCCUGAAGUCAAACAGAACCGAAGCAGUAUCCAAAAUGAUUCUAUCAUUGAGGUAGCAGAGGCCUAUGGAUACACUAUAUUUGCAAAACUUUUAAAGGAGACUAGCAUGUUGUCAGUUGCACAAAAUCGGUUUCUUCAGCCUUUCACCAUGCUGUGGCCAACAGACAGCGUCUUCAAUGCUUUACCAGAAGAAAGGAAAACAUGGCUUUACAGCAAAGAACAUAGAGAUAAACUGGAGGCUUACAUCAAAGUCCACAUGUUUAAAGAUAAAACGAUUGAAGCUUUUAACCUACCUGGUGAAAAGAAGUUACGAUCCUUGUAUGGCUCUGAAAUAACGUUUUCUUGCAGUCAUCAACAAAUUGGUGAUAUCCUUGUGGACAAUGGUAAUGCUAAAAUUGUUGAAGUGAAUAUUGAAUUUAAUGGAGGAAUUGCACAUGGAAUAGAUCAGCUUUUGGAGCCUCCAAAUAUAGGAGCCCGGUGUGAUUCCAUUGAAACAGUAAAUACUACAGGACAUUGCUCCAGCUGUUCAUUUGUCCCCAUCUGUCCUUCUAAUGCAAAUCCUACUGGCAAUAUUCUUUCAUGUUCGCGACUCCAAUAUUCAUACUCGUAUCCACAAUCACGAUGGAGGGGGGGACCCUUCAGGAAUCGACACUGGCCUUACUUUGAGCCAACAGUUGGAUGUCAAAGAGAGUGCUAUUACUAUCAAUGGGUUCAAAAAUGCUGUAAAAACCAUUAUGGAAGGGACUGCCAAGUUUGCCCAGGAGGACUUGAAGCCCCUUGCAGCAAUCAUGGGCGAUGCAUUGAUGGUACACGUGGAACUGGAGAAUGUGAGUGUGAUUCAGGCUUUACAGGAGUAGCUUGUGAGCUUUGCAUUAGAAACCACUAUGGACCAAACUGUACAGAGUGUAAAUGUACGGAAAAUGGAACAUGCACUGAAGGACUCGAUGGAGAUGGGAGCUGCUUCUGCAAAGACGGCUGGACUGGGAAGCGCUGUGAAAGUGAACUAGAAGUAAAGCCUAUAUGUACACCAGAAUGCAACAUUAAUGCAGUGUGCCAUGCGAAUAACAUAUGUGAAUGUGGACCAAUGUAUGAUGGAGAUGGACGGAACUGUACAGUAAUAGAUAUGUGCCAAGACAACAACGGAGACUGCCAUGAAGAUGCAACAUGCACGCAAAGUGGACUCAUCAAAACAUGUCAGUGUCUGUCUAAUUAUACUGGAGACGGCUAUUAUUGUGCCCCUAUAAAUCCAUGCACAACAGACAAUGGAGACUGCAGUGAUUUUGCCCUUUGUAUCUUUACCGGUGCAAAUGCAAGACGCUGUGAAUGCCAGGCGGGCUAUGUGGGCAAUGGAAUACAAUGCCUGGAGAAGGCAGUGCCCCCUGUGGACCGGUGCCAGAACGACAACGGAGGCUGCCAUCCUCAGGCGAUUUGCUCAGACCUCCAUUAUGAAGAGAAAACCGCCGGGGUGUUCCACCUACAGUCUCCAGCAGGGAAAUACAUGCUGAACUACACAGAGGCAGAGGCAGCCUGCCAGGAAGAGGGAGCAACCCUGGCUACGUUCUUACAGCUCUCUGCAGCGCAGCAGCUCGGCUACCACCUGUGCAUCGCUGGUUGGUUGGAUUCCAAACUUGUUGGAUACCCAACCACUUAUCCAUCUCUCAGCUGCGGUAAAAAUCACGUUGGGAUCGUCGAGUACAGACAACCAUUGGAGUCAAACAAAUACGAUGCCUUCUGUUACAGAGUGCAAGAUGUGAGCUGUGUUUGCCAGGAUGGAUAUAUAGGAGAUGGAGAUUUUUGCAAUGGAAACCUACUGGACGUUUUGGCCACCAAUGCUAAUUUCUCAUCGUUUUACCUUGCAUUACUUAGGCAGUCAAACGUAUCAAAAAGUGGUGAAGACCUGCUGGAAUUCCUCUCUGACAGCUCAAUACAGGAAACCUUAUUUGUACCAACAAACAGUGGAUUUGAUGACAAUGAGACUUUGUUCUUGAGAGACUUGGAGUUCCACAUCUCGACCAACAACAGCUUUACCACUUACACUAAAAUGUUACAUGGGAGCAUCAUACCUUCAAGACUGGGAUAUAAUCUCACCGUCCUUGAUUCUUUCUUUACCAACAGAACUGUAAGAAAUGGUUCCAAGUUAAUAAAUGACCGACUUAUCCUGGAAUGGGACAUUCCUGCCAUGAAUGGAAUAAUUCAUAUAAUUGAGGGGCCUUUGAAAGCUCCACCUCCAUCAAUCUUGACCGUCUCUUCCCGCAAGACCCAGACAUCAAACACCACAGUCAUUUUCUCAGUUCUUCUUGUGUUUUUGUUGAUUUCGACAGCUGGCGGGGUGAUCUACUGGUUGUUAAAAUGCAGAAAUAACGGUUUCCAGUUUCAGUAUUUCAAGGAUAAUGAUGAAGAUGAAGCCGUGUCCUCUGGUACAAGAAAGAACAUGGCAAUGGUCUCAAUCCCAAAUCCCCUCUUUAGUGGCUUCAGUGUAUUUGCAGAUCCUUUUAAUGAAGCGGCAGAUGUCGACAACUCAGAAACACAACACAUCCUUGAUUAACUGCCAUGAGAGCCAAUAGGAUGACCUUCCUGAUUGACAGUUUAUUGUCACCUUAUGCAAAUUCUCUGGAAUUUUGACACCUUAUUUGAAUUGAAGCAUACAUGGAGAGAGAAACAAUUCUCUGGUCUGUUGCAAAUAUUCUGUUCAGCUGGAGAGCAUCAGGCUGAAAUAGCAAGCACUACUUUAUAGACUUUAUGCUUCAUACUGUGAAUUUUUUUUCUGCAGAUGUUUUUAUUAUAAAGAAGUCAGAAUUACCCUAAAAGUAAAAAUAAAAAUCAAAUAUACUGAAAUAAAAUUAG